GUGCUACACAAGUUGAGGAACUUACUUUAACUUCCUGUUUUACUGGGUAUGUUCAACAAACAGUAUGGCAGCUCUCCUACAUUAUAUUGUUUUUCUAUCAGCUCUAGUCCAAGGAUCAGAGUCCAGCAUUGAGACUCUGAAACAGUUUGUGCUGAAGGGAGAAAAUGUUCAUCUGGAUGUCCAGGGAUAUGCUAAACUAAAUAAUAUUGAGGAUUUCAAGUGGACUUUUAACAAAUCUCACACUUUAGUAAAAUACUCCAAUGAAUCAUCAACAGUGAAAGUAUACACUAAAUACCAAGGCAGGGUUGAGUUUAGUGAGGCAAACUUCUCUCUAGUACUGAAGAACCUACAGGAAGGAGACAGUGGUCUUUAUGACGCAGGAGUGAGUGGUGAAGAAAACAAAGAUGUUGCCAAGUACCAUAUAUCAGUUCAAGAGAGAGUUGUGACACCAGUCCUGACAGUGGACUCUAACUCCACCAUCAAUGGCAACUGUAAUGUGACUGUGACCUGCAGAGGUCAGAACACCUCUGUCACCUCCAGCUGUAACAGCAGCACCUGCUCUCAGGUGGGAGGAGAGAGUAGAGGGGCUGAGACCUCCACUAUCCCCCUGCUCUCUGUCUAUGUGGCAGGGGGUUCCAUCAUCUGUAACCACAGCAACCAAGUCAGCUGGGCCCCUAACAUGAAGGAGAUCGAAACAAUUUGUGCAUCCAAUUCUAAACCAGAGCGGGACAAAGAAAACCAAAACUACAAUGUCGGCAUCAUCAUCAUCAUCUUCAUCAUCAUCAUCUUCGUUGGAUGUGUCCUGAUUGCUUGGCAGAAGCUGAAUAAAGGUUACAAAGAGGAUAGUAUAAACACAGAGUAUGCUACUGUCAGGACUCCAUGUAACAGUCAUGUAGGUGGUGAAGAGCAGGAAUCUACAGGUCCAGGUCCAACAACACCCACCAUCUACAGUGAGGUGGGACUACCCCAACCCCAGCUGUGUGAACUACCCCACCAUGGUGGGAGACGGAAAUCAUCUGUAAAUGGUGCCUAGAUGACAAUGUGUGAUCGCAUUCAAAUCCUUAAAUUGAAAGGCAAUUUUCUCAAGUUUAUGGAGACGGCAUUCACAGUAAACGCUGUGUCAUGUGUCGGCUCGAUCAGAAAUUACCUUUACAUUUCAUUUGCACUAUAACACAGAUCUUCCGUGGUCCGGAUUGAAUGGCCCUUACUCUCAAUAGCUCUGUUUAUAACUGGUUCUCACAUGUGUCCUUUGUCCUGGUCUUGUCCACUUUCGGAUUGUCUACACCUGUCUAAAAUUGUGGACACAAUCAAAAGUCAAAUUGAGAUCUGAUUGGGAUCUUCCUGCCCACCUCCGGAGGUAGUAGUCAGCCAUGCAUUGUGUCUGGAUAUAUUGCAAGUGUAGACGAAUCUGGACAGUUAAACUAUUUAAAUCAUAAUUAUCCUGCCCUCUCAAACAUUUCCAGGUUGCACAAUUGACUUAUGGCAUCAAUGGUGGUGUUGGAGGGCCAGAAGGAGGCCCUCUGGACUACAGAUCUCAUGCCAAUACCCCAGGACAGUGAUGAGGACAUCACCCCGAGUAGAGUGCAGUCUUCUGGAUGGAAUGUUAAAUGGGUGUCCUGACUCUCUGUGGUCAUUAAAAAUCACAUGGCACUUAUUGCAAUCCACCAAACCCAUAAUUCAUCCAUUGGACUGCUAGAUGGUGAAGUGUGAGUCAUCACUCCAGUGAACUCAUUUCCACUGCUCCAUAGUCCAAUGGCAGUAUGCUUUACUCCACUUCAGCCGAUGCUUGGCAUUGUGCAUGGUGAUAUUACGCUCGUGUGCAGUGAUGGAAAAAGUACCCAAUUGUCAUACUUGGGUAAAAGUACAGAUACCUUAAUAGUUACUCAAGUAAAAGUGAAAGUAAACCAGUAAAAUACUACUUGAGUAAAAGUCUAAAAGUAUUUGGUUCUAAAUAUACUUAAGUAUACAAAGUAAAAGUAUAAAUCACUUGAAAUUCAUUCUUUUAAGCAAACCAGACGACACCAUUUUCUUGUUGGGGCACGCUCCAACACUCAGACAUCAUUUUCAAAUGAUGCAUUUGUGUUUAGUUAGUUCACCAGAUCAGAGGCAGUAAGGAUGACCACGUGUUCUCUCAAUACGUGCGUGAAUUGGACCAUUUUCCUGUCCUGCUAAGCAUUCAAAAUGUAACAAGUACUUUUGUGUGUCAAGGAAAAUGUACAUUAUUUUCUUUAUGAAUAUAGUGUCGUGUGCAGGUCCUCGACUAUGGAAACCCAUUUCAUGAAGGUCCCCUGACGAACAGUUCUUGUGCUGAAGUUGCUUCCAGAGACAGUUUUGAACUCGGUAGUAAGCGCUACACGCUUCAGCACGCAGCGGUCCCGUUCUGUCACCCUGAUGAAGACAGCUUGGCUGUCGAAACGUUGGUAUUACAUUUUUGCAUCUGAGCUCCUAGAGUGUGCCCUGUCCUUUACUUUCAAGUUUCUACUCCGCUAGCCAGCACCUCGCCUUCAUAGGUGUGCGUUUCUUGUUCUUCUAGCUUGUGUGGCAUACCACUUUGCGGCUGGCUGAGCAGUUGUUGCUCCUAGAUGUUUCCACUUCACAAUAACACCCCUUACAGUUGACCAGGGCACCUCUAGCAGGCCAGAAAUUUGACGAACUGACUUGUUGGAAAGUUGGCAUCCUAUAGACAGUGGCACAUUCUUUAUUUAUUAUUAGCUUUUUAAUAUUUGCUGCUUUAUUCAUUUUAUCGUAUUUCAUUAACCUGGUUGACUUAGCGUCUGCUGGUUCUGCAUGGAUAAUAUCUGAGAACAGAUCUGCUGCUUUAGAUGAGAUG